GGGCUGUGUGUGUAAACGCAGCCUACGAUAUCCAGACACAAUGCAUAUCUGACUACCUCCAGAGGUGGUCAGGAAGAUCUGAUCACAAUGCGUCUUCUAAUCAUCUACACCUGUCUAAAAAUAUGGGCACAAUCAGAAUGUGGACGUGAUCAGGACAAAGGACUGAUGUAGGAACCAGGUAUAAAUGGGGCUGUUGAUAGCAGCAAUCCUUGGUAAACCAGUUUAGCACCCGAGGAAAGUAUUUGGACCCUGAGAUGUCAUUCAGAUUCCUGGCUGAAUGACACAACACCUCACCUUAUCACUUGUUCUCUUUAGCCUCCCUUCAUCCAAUAUCAGAGGUAAAGUUGGUGUAUCCUCUGUCAUGCAUCCAACCGCCCUCCUGUUGCUGCUGACCGCCUACGUGGCUCAUGGUUCACUGCUGCAAUUUGCCAGAAUGAUCAAGUGCACCCAGCCUGGUGUCAACCCCUUCGUGUAUAAUAACUACGGCUGUUGGUGUGGCUUGGGGGGGACUGGCAAUCCAAGGGAUGAGCUGGAUGGGUGUUGUGAGGUCCACGACCACUGCUAUCAAGCGAGCAGGCAUCUUCCAGAUUGCCGUACCGUCAUUGAUUACCCUUACAUCAAUCUGUAUAGAUUCUCUUGCGCUAAUGGGCAGGUCUCCUGUUCAGCCUCCAGCCACGUGUGCCAGGUCUCAGUGUGUGAGUGUGACCGUGUCGCCACCAACUGCUUCGCCAAGUCGACCUACAACCCUAAGAACAAGAACCUGGACCCCAAAGUCCACUGUCUCUCUUGAGCCAAGUCAAAUCUGGAAGCAGCACCAACUGUAGAUUCACAGAAUGUUUAUGAAUCCUGUUUCAUGCAUAAUGUUUGCUGUAAUGGAAUUUAUUUUGCUAACAAAACUGACAACCUGAUUUAAUUAUUGACUGGCACUUGAGUAUUUGUGUUAGUUCUGCGUUAUUUAAAGCAUAGGUGCCCUACUUGCAACCAUUUUAAACAGUUUAUCAGCCAAUUUAAAUUGUUGCUUUACUUGCACUUGACAGAAUGCUAAAUUGUAGUCAAUUAAAAUCUGGUAUCAGGAUAAAUAUGACAAUGA